AUUAUUGCCCCUUCUUCGUUGGGUUACGGUAAUGCGCGUAGUCGAGUUGGGUAAUCUGGUGCGGUAUUUCUUCCGGGUAGUGUGAGCUGCACGAAAUUUGAAAUCGUUCCGAGAUGAUAAACUGCAGUUUAAUUUUGCUAAUUUAUUGAGUGACAUUGCAAGAUGAGCAGUGAGUCGUCAGAGACCUGCAUUGACUUUACAGUGGAAAUGUUAAAGAAGAAAUACCUAAACAAGAGAAAACUGGCGUCCAAAAGGAACGUAAAUCGAGGAGAACGUGUUGCGCUUGACAACAUGACAUCUAAUGAGACCAGGAUUGCAAGGACAGUAGAGUCUCCACUGUACGGUUCCAUAGACCAUCACAGGAAACGCUACGACAAAGCCUUGCAGGAGCUGUUUCAAGCAGUCACGAAUGUUCCUGAGAGGCUGGACCGCGUUGGCCAAUGGGAGCACAGCCAGUCUCUCAGUGAGGAUGAGGAUGAACACAGCGCAGAGGAAGCUGGCUACACGUCCGACACCCAGAACAACAUAAACACAGAGACAGAUGUGACCCUGCCCUCCUGCCUGGCGAAGGGCUCUGGGUCUGGUGGGACUGGCGGCUCGGCGCCCGCUAACAGGCAGCAGAAGCGGCCCUCCCCGCAGGGCAGCUCGCUGUCCGCUGCUGACAUCAGUCAGGUGUACCAGGAGAUGGUGCACAUCUAUGAAAAGCUGCAGACGGAGCGGACGCACCAGCAGCAGUGGGCCACGCAGUUGCAGGAGUGGGAGGAGCGUCUGCGGGAGAGGGAGUCGCGGCUGCUGCGCCCCCGCCAGGAGCAGGAGGAGGCGCAUGACCAGGUGCGAGGGCUGCAGGAGUAUCAGCAGGAUGUACAGCAGCUCAGUGAAGCUCUCAAAGAGAAGGCCAGAGAAAACCGGAGGAUCAAAGCCAGCUUUGACAGCAUCAAAGAGUUAAAUGACACCAUGAGGAAUCAGCUGAAUGAUGUCACUGAACAGAACAAAAAGCUGGAGAGCCAGUCCAAGAAAGUGCAAGCUCGCCUGGAGAACCUACAGAGAAAGUACGAGUACUCGAUGGCGCACAAAGGCCGUGAAAGUGUGCUGUCCAAGACCCAGGAGCCCAAACCCUCCAAACAGGACAAGCCCUCGCUGCCCGCCAAACCCAGCAAGGCCUCUACGAGCCCCAGUGGGGUGAAGCUGCUGGUCCUGCUGCUGGAUUGGGUCACAGACUGCCACCUGGUCUCGGGACAGGGGGACGGACCGGGCCAGGGCGCCCAGCAGGCUCUCCCCCUGUACACGGGCUCCGUACAGGAGAGGUGUUCAAAGGUGCUGCCCAUGUUGACAGAGCAGCUGCAGCUCGUACCAGCGGUGGACAAGGGGCUCCUGAUACCCCUUCUUAAAUUCAUCUACCUGUCUCUGAAGCAGCUGGACAACAGCCCCCAGCAGCUCACCCUCACCUCAACCAUGCGCAGGCUCGGGGAGGAGGUGUACCGUGGUUCAGGCCCACAGGGGGGCGCUUUCGAUGCCCCUGUCUCCACCAGGACCAAGGCAUCGCCGCUAUUCAAAAGCCCCUGUCUCCACACCAGGUUCCUGUCUACACUGAUCAUCCUCAGCACUAUAAGCCAAGCGGACAUCCUGGCGCAGGCGCUGGACAGUCUCCAUGACGACCUGCGGAGCGAGGAGGGACGAGAGCUCUUCCUGCAGUACAGAGCGUUACCUGUGGUCCUGGCACACCUGCGCGGGGGGGGCCGGGGCCUGCUGGGGGUCUCCAUCGACAUCCUGCUGCAGAUGGCUGGAGAAUCACGGCUUUUAAACUCCUUCCUGGAGGCUUGCAGCACGGAGGACUUCUUCCGCUGCAUAGCAACGCUUCUGCGGAACCCCCGUCUGGAUAUCUCAUUGGUGGAGAAGGCCAGCAUCAUUCUGCAGAAGCUCUCCAAAAUCAGGAAGAACAAGAGACUGUUUGAGCUCUGCUCCAUCCACCUGACGGUCCAGGAGAUGCACAGGACCGUGGACCCCACCCACGCCUUCCUCGCCAUCAACCUCAACUCCAUCCUCUUCAACCUGGGCAUGAUGAAGAGGACGCCUAUCUGCUCCAGCCCAGCAGACAGCCCCUAGGCUCUGCAGAGAGGGGCCCUCAGGACUACAGGCAUAUGGCCUCAAAUUAUUUUGUGUCUUCAUGCGUGUUUAUUUAUCAUAAUUUAAUAUCCUGUCAUUUUUGUAUAGAAUUUAAGCACAUUUUUUUAUGUUUUAUUUUUUAAAUAACUACAGUAAAGAUUAUGCUGUGAGGGUAGGGGAACCAGAUUAUCAUUUUUUUAUGAGUAACUUGUCAGUGUGUGCAAUUUAUGGGCACCGUGGUUCAGUGCAGGUGUCCAUCAACUGAUAGUACAGUAAAAAAAAAAAGGUUUACUUUGAGUUUUUCAUCAAGCUAAUUGGCUGAUUUUAAUCUAUGAAUGUGCAAAAGCUAAACUACAUGAAGGCACAAAUACCUUGUUUUUCAUGGUUGGUGUUCUUUAUAUUCAAAAGCUGUUUGGGGGUUUUAGUAGCCAUCCUGUUUCAUGCUUUAUGAAAAGUCCUUUUUAGUGCUGUUUUGAGGACCACACCAUAACCUAAUUCCAGAUUCUCUUGUCUGUUUUAUAAGCAUCAUAUAUCCUCCCUGUGUUUAUGCAUUUUUAAAUGUUCUCCAAAAAUAAAACUUUGAAGUUUUUAACAGAA